AUGCUCCGAUAUUGGGGUGAGAUACCGGUUUCAUCUAACCAGGCCAACCGCAGCUCCUUUGACCUGCUUCAGCGUGAGUUUCGUACGGUGGAAGUCCAAGAUCCUCCGUUGCAUCAGCCAUCUGCAAACAAACCCCGGCCGACCACCAUGUUGGACAUCCCCUCAGAGCCCUGCAGCCUCACAAUUCACACCAUUCAGCUCAUCCAACACAACAGGCGGCUGCGCAGCCUGAUCGCCAUGGCUCAGGCUCAAAACCAGCAGCAAGCCGAGGGCAUAAAAACUGAAGACAACGAACCCCUGCCAUCUUGUCCGGCCUCUCCACCUCUCCCUGAUGACCUGCUUCCUCUGGAUAGCAAAACCCCCAAAAUGCCGUUUCAGCUGAGGCACAGUGACCCAGAGAGUGAUUUCUACAGAGGCAGAGGGGAGCCAGUGACUGAGCUGAGUUGGUCCUCCUGCCGGCAGCUUCUCUACCAGUCAAUGGCCACCAUCCUGGCUCACACAGGCUUUGAGUGUGCCAAUGAGAGUGUCCUGGAGACCCUGACAGACAUUGCCCACGAGUACUGCUUGAAGUUCACCAAACUGCUGCGCUUUGCUGUGGAUCGAGAAGCUCGACUUGGGCACACCCCUUUCCCUGAUGUCAUGGAGCAGGUCUUCCAUGAAGUGGGCAUUGGCAGUGUGCUCUCGCUGCAGAAGUUCUGGCAACACCGCAUUAAGGAUUAUCACAGCUACAUGCUUCAGGUUAGCAAGCAGCUCUCUGAAGAGUACGAGAAGAUUGUCAACCCCGAAAAGGCAGCAGAAGACACAAAGCCUGUGAAGAUUAAGGAGGAACCUGUUAGUGAUAUUACUUUCCCCAUAAGUGAGGAGCUGGAAGGAGAUCUGGCUUCCGGUGACCAGUCUUUGCCUGUUGGAGUCCUUGGAGCUCAAAGCGAGCGCUUCUCUGCCAACUUGGAAGUAGAAGCUUCUCCGCAGACUUCAGGGGCUGAGGUGAAUGCAUCCCCACUCUGGAACUUGGCACAGGUAAAAAUGGAGCCACAGGAAAAUGAGGAGACCAAUGUACAUGGCCAUGGGGUCCUAGGCAGUGAUGUCUUUGAGGAACCAAUGUCAGGCAUGAGUGAAGCUGGGAUGCCACAGAGCCCCAAUGGCUCUGAGAGCAGCUACGGUUCUCAUUCUGCUGACAGUCUGAUGGGAUCCUCACCUGUCUUCAACCAGCGUUGCAAGAAAAAGAUGAAGAAGAUGUGAAAAGAAAUAGUGUUUUUAUUUAAUCCUGAUGGUAUGUAAUAGACUGGAAAGAAACUAAGAGAGUACUAUGGUGGCUACGAUUCAUAAACAGGGCUGGCCCUGGUGUAUGAGGGAACUUGCAUAAAAUUAUUAUGAGACAUUUGAUGUGUAGUGCACUUCAGCUCCCUGGUUUGCUGGGUUCUGUACUCCAGCCUGACUCAUGAGAUUGAAGAUCACCCUAUACAUUUGAUGGUGUCAUGGCUU